AUGCCGUUACUCUCGGAUCGUAUUCGGAAGGAGCAGGAGCGGCAAGCCUACCCUGGAGAUGGCGGAGGAGAGCCGUCUGUCGCUAUAACCUCUCUUGGUGGUGGUGUAGAACAGUCGUCUCUCCCAGAAUCAUCUCUUGAUAUCGUCCCUGAAACAGAACCAGCAGAGACCGAUUUUGAAACAGCAAGAGAGGAGGUACCAGCUUUUCCCCAAGGGACCGAUUUUUCACAUCUCAAAACUGCCAUCCGGGACGAACUGAUGAUGGCAUAUAGCGGGCAUCGGGAUGCUCUGCUAUGCGCAUUACACGAUUGCUUCGAGAGUGUUCUUUCCGGAGUAUCAUUUCAGUGGGGUGAUAUAUUCAAGGAGCCUCUUUCCUCCAAGCUUUAUAUUGUAGAUUCUGCGUUUAACCGUCCUACCAAGUGGCCUGACGAAGCUUAUCAGAAGUCUCGGGUGUCUACGUUUUUCGCAUUAGCAACGAUACUGCGUUACUCACCUCAUAGUUUGGUCGUCCACUUGUCGUCUCUGGAAAAGUUACAGCGUUGGUAUCAAAAACGGGGCGUGGGUACUAUCCCGCUUACAGUUUGGAUGAUAGCUCAGGUGAAUCAAUGUGAUCCCUUGUUGAACUUUGAGCCACUGAUUCCAGCUCAUUCAAUGGAGAUGUUGCUGCGGCUUAGAUUCCCUGCAAGCCAAGAGGUCUCUGCAAGCAAAGAGGCUACGAGGGUUGCGAGAAUUUAUAAAGAGUUGAAGGACGUGGCUCUUGAGGGCAAGGGUAAGGGAGAGCGUAAGAUUAAGGGUGCACAACAUAGUGAGGAAGCCAUUCAACAGAUGUUCGCUGUUUGUUUGAGAUUAGCUAGAGAAGAAGGAAAUCCUGAUUUAGCCAAUGAAGCUGCAUCAAUCGCAAUCUUGUCUCUGAAAAAAAAAGUUGGUCGCUGGGACUCGGAGCAACAGUUUCUGUUUGAAAAGGUUGUUUGCUGGGAGCACUGGUACGAUAUCUGUAAAGAGAAUGUACAAGUUAGUGUUGCUCUUCUCAAAACGCUUGUAGAGAAUUGGAAGGAUCAUCAGAUCCGCCCAUUCAUUGGACAUAUGUUCACUUUAUCUUUGAGAAUAGCUGGAGAAGAAGGGGACCCUGUUUUAUUAACCAAGGAAGCUACUGCAGUCGCUAUCUGGUCUCUGAACAAAUUCUCUGUUUGCUGGAAGCUCUGGGACAGACUCUGUGAAGAGGACCUAGAAGCUAGUAAACAAUUCAUUCGACAGAUAUUCACUUUUUCGUUGAGAUUAGCUGGAAAAGGAAAUCCUGAUGUUGCCAAGGAAGCUGCAGCAAUCAGUAUCUGGUCUCUGACCGAGAACGUUGUUGUUUGCUGGAAACACUGGGACAAUAUCUAUGACGAGAACAUAGAAGCUAGUGCUGCUCUUCUUGAAAUGCUUGUAGAGAAAUGGAAAGAUUAUUCCGUCAAACUGUUAUCAUCACCCAGUGAUACUCUCACUCUGAGUGAAACUAUCAAAAGCUUCAGGGUAAAGAACGAACAAGCCAUCCCUGAAAGAGGAGCCUAUGCUUGUUUUUACAAAGUAUCUGACGAUGGUUCUUUUCAUAAAGUAGCUGACAAGUCCUGCAAAGUGAUAUUGAGGAGACUCAUAAGCACACGCAUUAUGACUGCUGCUGUUACUGCAGGAGUUCGAGUGUUUGGUUUUUUUUAA